CUUUAUCCGCUUGAGCUUCCGCUCUUUUUGUUUUUUCAAACCCCAUAACGUGUACAUAUACCAUACAAUAAACCAACAGUAUACCUCGUAAUGGCCUCCGCAUUACCGGCGGCUGCAGCCUCCGGUCACCAAUCUGCCAUAGUAUCAAGAAAAUCGUCUCUCAGAUCUGGAUUAAGAAGACCACAAAUAAGUCGCGCCGAAUCGAAUCCAGUAUCUGCAGCUCAUGGUUCUAAGUCGCAAUUCGCCGGAAAUGACAGCUCCGAUGACGAGAUACCUGUGCCUAUGAAGCUCAGUGCUCUCACGAAAGCUCUUCUCAACGACGAAGGACCUGAACCAGAGAGGGAUAAUGGACGCGUUCUUAGAACCCGAGGCCAGAGCCAUCGACCUUCGUCGCCGGCUCGCGCUGAGCCAGAAAAGCCUAUCAAGAGACGCAGCGUGUUGGGUUCAUCAGUAACAUCAAAUGGGGAAGAGAGGAGACAUACUCGUGCUAGUAGCGCACAAAUUCCAUCGCGACAGUCUUCACCUGUUAGGAGUCAACCUAGUAGAGAAAGCAGUCCUGUAAGGAAACGGGUGGUUCGACUAAGCGCGGCAUCGGGAAACUCGGCCUCCGCCUCCGCCUCUGCCUCCCAAAUUAAACCCGCAAAGAGAAGGUCAACAUCCACGUCGCUCACAGCCUCGCGGAAUGGAAAUCGACCUCCUAGUCGAGCUGACAGUAGCAUGGCUGAGGAGAAAGCUAAUGCAUCCGAACUGAAGGACAAGGAUCUAAAUACGCCGGCUCAACAGGGAAGAGUGGUCAGGAUUGCUGUCAGUUCAUCGGGUGGUAGGGGUCGCUCGGGUUCUUCAGCUCAGUCCUCAAGACCAACUGAUCUCGCAUCCUCUUUCCAUUCUCACGCCGUGCAAUCUGAUGAAAAUGAUAUACCUGAUGUUCCACGAACUGCUCCCCGACAAACUGGAUCUUCUAAUCCGGGUAGCGCCUCUAGGCCAGGCUCUAACGGAUAUAGAAGUAGACACGAAGACAACCAAGGCGUACAGAGCUCAAUGCGCGUCAAGAGGGUAGGGAAAGUUCCCGGCAGCUUUCUCAGCGGCCCGGCGCGUCGAGGACGAAGGAGACAGAGCGAGGAGGAUGCUGAAAACGAAGGAGAGCCACUUCAAUCCGGCCAGGAACCGGAUGGACAGCAACCUCGGGACGCAAACGAUUACGAGCAAGGAGACAAUCUGGCCUCGUCAUAUUAUGUACCUGAUCGUCUAGCUUCGGGGAGCCCUGUUAGCUCCAGGAGCUCUGGGAGGGCAUCACACAGGAGGGAUUUAUCAUCCGCAGAAGAAAACGGUCGAGCUCCACGAUCGCGCCAAGCUUCUCCUGACCAUGAUGAGAUUAUUAUCCCCCAUUAUCGGAUCCCACCCCCAAAGCCAGAACUUCCCGCGAAAAACGACCAGGAAAACGAGGCACCUCCAACUUUCAGAAGGAAUAAGCCAGCUGUGAACAGCUUCCUGGAAAAGUUAGAUAAAGAUCUACCCAGGGUUUCUGCCAUGUCUGCCCGUCCUAUGAGUGCUGCUGAGGUACCUUCGAGCGCCUUACGUCCUACCUCUCCCGAGCGCAAGGCUUUAGGUUCCCUGAAUCAAAAUACGCCUCGUCGGGCAGCGCCAGCACCUCCGCCCAAGAUGUCUAUGCUCGAAGCCGCCACGUCCACAGCCGGAGCCGCGACUACCGUUGGGGCUGCGAAGCGACGGAACUAUAUGAAGGUUAACGGUAAAUGCUACACAAGACUCGACUCUCUGGGCCGUGGAGGAAGUGGAAAGGUGUAUCGCGUAGCAGCCGAUAACGGCAAAAUGUUUGCGUUGAAGCGUGUCUCUAUUGAAGGCGCUGACGAAAACACCGUUCGAGGCUACAAGGGCGAGAUUAAUCUUCUCAAGAAGCUGAAUAACGUAGAACGAGUUGUUACUCUAUACGACUAUGAGAUGAACGAAGAAAAGCAGGUCCUCAGUUUACUUAUGGAGAUGGGCGAGUUGGACUUUAACACGCUCCUCCGUCUGCGGGUCUCGCCCGAGAACGCCAAGUUCGAUCCGGUCUUCGUCCGGUACUACUGGCAAGAGAUGCUCGAGUGCCUGGCAUCAGUCCACGCCCAUAAUAUCGUGCACUCGGAUUUGAAACCGGCCAACUUUGUAGUCGUACAAGGCCGCCUGAAGCUCAUCGACUUCGGCAUCGCCAACGCGAUCCAGACGGACGAGACCGUUAAUGUACACCGCGAGACCCAGAUUGGUACACCCAACUAUAUGAGUCCGGAAAGCUUGAUCGAUUCCAACGCGACCGACGCUGCGGGCCACCGCAUCAGUUCCAUCUCCAAUCCUCCCCGCCCCAAGCUCAUGAAGCUCGGCAAACCGAGCGAUAUCUGGAGUUUGGGCUGCAUCUUGUUUCAGAUGGUAUACGGCACACCACCAUUCGGCCACAUCCCGAACCCGAUGGCCCGUUGCCAUGCCAUCAUCAACUGGCAAUACGACAUCGAGUUCCGCGAUCGCGGAAUCGGAGGAGCGCCCGUGCCUCCUUCCCUAAUAAGGACCAUGAGGCGCUGCCUCACCCGCGAACAACACCUACGCCCCACAUGCGAGGAGCUUCUGUCGAGGACAGACCCGUUCCUAUACCCCGUCGAAGCGCCAGAGGGCACCUUGCCCAUCACGGAAGAGCUCCUCGGUAGGAUCAUACAGAGCGUCGUGACGCGCUGCCGCGAGCGCAUGCCUACUGAGGCCGAAUCCCUGAGCGUCUGGCCACAGGCCUACUGGGGAAGCGUCGCGAAGGCUGUGGGUAGGGAAAUCGGUUCGAGGGGUUCUGGUUCACCGGAGGCGAGGUAGUAACGCUGGUCCGGGAGAGGUUCCGAAACCAUAGUCGGAAAGGAGGUGGGGAAAAAUAUACCUAAUAACUACGAUUUACGAAUGGGGAAGAAAAAAAGUCUAAAUGACGGUUGAAUAGUAAGAGGAGGGAAGACGGAGACGGUUGCCUCUUUGUAUAAGGAGCCGGUUCGUGGAUGGAUAAUCAUUGACGGGGAUUGCAUAAAUCCCGUGUUGGAUUCACCUUUUUUUCUCGUUUUCUGUUCCUUUCUCUCUUUACCUUGCU